CCUAGUUCAACAAAAGUUAUUUGUGUGAGACUGUGGACGAGCGCAGCGGCAGCGACGCGCUCAAAUGAGCACAGUCAGAGAAAAAAACCUGACAUCCUACCUCCAUUCAAGAAGAUCACUACUUAAACCCCCGUUUGCUUUGCAUUUAGUAUUUUUUGUGGUGUAAGACCAGUGGGAACAUUUUGAUUCAUUUUCAGGCCAUGAUGUUACCUCUGAUGCUGAUGUUGUCCGUGGUUUCUUUGGCACACAGUGAUGAUGACUUCUGUUAUGAUGAGGAGCACUGUGAUCCAUAUGCAUGGGGAGAUAACUACCCCUCUUGCCAUCCCCUUCUGGAGAGCCAUCACUCUCCCAUCAACCUGGACCAUCAGCUGAUGAAGAACCAAUCUUUAGACUCUCUGCACCUGGAGGGUUUUAAUUUGACUCAUAAAGGUCAAUGGUGGCUGACAAACCAGGGUCACUCUGUUGUGCUGGAGUUGGGUAACGGUAUGCAGGUGAGUGGCGGAGGGCUUCCUGGAACUUACCGCACCAUCCAGCUGCAUUUCCAUUGGGGAAGUGUGUCUUCAAAUGGUUCUGAACACACCUUGAACCACCUGAGCUUUCCUAUGGAGAUGCAUAUAGUCAACAUCAAAUCCACACAUCCAAAUUUGACGUCCGCGCUUGAAGACCCAACUGGCCUUGCUGUGCUUGGAGUCUUCAUUGAUGUGACAUAUUUGCACAAUGAAAACUUCCAGUCCAUCUCAAAUGCACUUCCUUCUGUCGCCUACAAAGGACAAACAAAAUCGAUCAGACCAUUUCCUUUGAUGAAUCUGUUACCUCAGAACAACCUAACGCAGUAUUACCGUUACCACGGCAGCCUCACAACACCACCCUGUUCACAGGUGGUUUUGUGGACUGUGUAUGAAGUACCCACCUAUAUCUCAUGGGCUCAGUUUGAGCUGUUUGUAAAAAGGAUAUAUUCCACGGAGGAAUUAGCCGAUAAACAGGUUCACCUGCAGAACAACUACAGACAUAUCCAUCCAACCUACGGUCGGCCUGUUUACGCGUCCAAAGAUGCUAAGAUGCUCACCAAUGGAGUUUCCCCUCUUGCCAUUUUUUAUCUUUUUAAUGUUUUUUUAUUUAUUGGAUUUUUAAACAUUUAGUGUUUUGCAUAUUGCAGAACGACAGUAUUAAA